AUGCAAGCCGUGCGUCAGUGCUCAGCAUGCGGCAUCCGGGCUACGGGGGGACUUUUGGGCUCGCAAAGAGACGCUUCCAGCAGGAGUGGAGCAGCGUGCAGUCGCCUGCUCAGUUCUGCCAGUGUCCUGUUCAGCACCAGAAAGACGGCAAACAGGAAGUUGCUGCAAGGGCAAGUGUGCGCACACACAAGCGCUGCGCCUUCAAGCUUGAGCCACCUUUGUUCUGCACCGUCUGUGCAGCAAGCGGAGCACCUGACUCACGACGCCCUGAUCAGAAGGGCGACGUCGCUGGUCACCGACGGCACCGGCACACUCCUGUCGCAGAGCACCUUCGCUCUGGUCGACGCGCUCGACGCCUACGCUAAGGCUGUGCACAGACGCAUUGCCCUGCAAAGACGUUAUCUGACCUCGUUGGGAAAACUGAGCCCCGCCGAGGAGGACUCGCUUCAGCAGGCCAUAUAUGGACAGAAAACAGAGGUCAGCGAGCAGCUGGACGAAUGCAAACGCUUCGAGACCACCUGGAUCAAGGCCGUCAACUUGUGCCAAAUGGCGGCGGAGGCGGCGUACGCGGCCGGGUCGGAGCAGGCGUCCGCCACGUUGACGGCCAGCGUCCGGCUGGCGCGGUCGCACGCCGACCGGGCCCGGAGCGCGGCGGGGGCGGCGGACAAGAAGCUGGCCGAGACCAAAGUGGACGAGAUCCAAAGGAUGGCGGAGUACGCCGCCUCUUUGGAGGACGCCGACGAGCUGGAAAUACAUGAAGCUUACUUGAGAGAGGACUGAUUGAGGACCACAGACACUUUGUAG